AAAAGAACGAAAGAAAGAAUAUUUGCUGUGUGCUGUGUGUGUUGAGUGCUGAAGUGCUUUGUUGUUCGCAGAUCGCAGAUCGAAUAUCGCAGUUUGUUUGUUGUUUUCGGUAUUGGUAAAAAAUAAUUGAUCGCAACCUGUUUUCACUGAGCUACGCCAUCCCGAAUUCCAGCCACUGUCUGAGUGCCUCAAAUUGAAGUUGGCCGCGUCAUGUUGUUGUCGCUGUCUGUGCAACAUGUAGAGCAACAUCAACAACUACAACAACAACAACAACAACCACGGCAAGAAGAACAAGAACAUAAACAAUUAUCUCGCUGCAAGUAUUGGCCAAGAGCAACAAUACCAUUAAAAACAAACUAAAAACCUGGUUUAAACUCGACUAAUUUGCCAAGGGAAACGAGAAACGCAGUAACAUUUUCAAUAUUGCCACCGGUCCCAAAAGUACCAGAAGUUGAGAGGUAAAGAGAACUAGACGUGUCUCCGUAGCCAGAAGCAAGUAGAACGAACAAAAGCAAAUUAAAGCAACAACAACGACGACGAGAAAACUUGAAACCGACCGAAAAAGUAGCAAGAAAAUUGCUGAAUCUGUUCACAACAACAACAACAACAACAACAAUAAUAAUAAUAGCGACCACAACAACAACAAGUGUCGCCGUUUCUUAAUGCGAAACAACCAUUCUGUGAUAUCUUAAGAUCCAAAGAUGACAUCGUUAACCUUGCACUUGAUAGUGAUAACGCUGCUGGCGGCGGCAGCGCUGACAGCAACAACAGCAACAACGACAGCUGCAACAGCAACAACGGCUGCAACAGGAACGCCGACACGUACCGUUGGGCAACGUGGCAGAGGAGGUGUUGCAACAACAGCAACAGCAGCAACAUCAACGACAAGCACGCAGGCGCCAACGCUGCGAGCGCCACGUCAGCGACGUCCGCCCACAACGCUGCCCAUUGACGCCAGCAGCGGUCGCAGUCGCGGCAGCGGCACCUUUGCCAAUGGCAGCGGCAGCACGUCGCCGCUGCCGGCAACAACACGACCGCAGCGACGUCGUGGCACCACAACAACAACAACAACAACUACAACAAGCACAACAGCAACUCCUCUGUUGCCUGGUGGCAGCAUUGGACGUGGCAACAACAAUCGUGGCAGCAUCAGAGCCGCCCGCCAGCCACGCGACACGCCAACGCUCAGCGUUGACUUCGAUGCCAGCAGCGACGUCGGCAGAGGUAGAGGCAGCAGCAGCGGCAGCGACAGCAUUGGGAGCGCCAGUAGCAGGCGCCAGUCACAUCAGUCGCUGUCAUCGGCGUCCUCCAAUCCAGCCGCCACCCCCUCCCCCUCCUCCUUCCCCUCAUCACGCAGUGCCACAGGCGCACUCAAAACGCCCCGCAUGAUCCAACGCCUGGUGGCUGGACACAUUCACAACUCGCAGGGUCACUCCACAUACGAGGUGUCCGCGGUGACCACCAACAGCAGUCGAAGCAGCAGCAGCUCGGCAACAACAACAACAACAACGACAAACACACCGACAACGAAGCAAUUGCGACAUAAGGCGAGUAGCUCCUAUCGUCUGGCGAGACCGUCUCCAUCUCCAUCCCCAUCCCCGUCUGCUUAUCGGGAUGAUGACGAUGAUGAGGCGUUGCUUAAUGAACCGGAUGACUUUGACAACUGGGACAACGGCAUACUUCGGUUGAGUGCGGGAUCGGGCAAGGAGGCGGAGGCGUCUGGAGCGAAGGGUAAGCAGGGCAAGGAGGACGCGAAGAAGACGUUGUCGGAUCAGGUGCGAGAUGGAAAGUACGGACUUAUUGAGAAGGAACUGUUCCGUCGUGUGCCUAAGCGUCCGGGUGUGCUGAGUUAUGCCCGGAAUUCGGAGGUGCCACUGGACAAUGAGCGCAACUUUGGAGGACUCAACGAGCAGGACAUUUGGCUGGCCGAGGAUCAUCUGCUGGUGAUCAAAGGCGGCGGACUGAACGAGGCCGACAAUGAUGCGAAUGAUGUGUGGCCGGCAAUUGAUGAUUACGAUGCACCGCCGAGGCAGAUCAAGCUGCCGCCAAAUCCUGUGGUGCCACCUCCAUUUCCCGUGCAGCUCGAGCCGCAUGGGCCACUGCAGCUUAUCCGAGAUAAUCAAAUCAAGAGCCUCCAUUCGUCGCCAGGCAAUGCAACACUCUCCCCUGAGGAUCAGCACGCGCCCUACGGCCAGGUCCACAACUCGGACCACAGCCCGGGGUCGCAUCCUGCUGCCCGGACUGGAGCGAUUGCGUCGCCUAAAGCAGCUAACCCGGAGCCCAGCUACGUCUACCCGGCGCCCUACUCGCCCUGGCUGCUCUUUCCCAACGAAACGCUUUCCCAGCCGCCGUCCCAUUCCAGUCCGUCUCCCAAUGCUCUGCUGAGAACUCCACUGCUCGGCCCCUGGCUGAUCAACGGACUCAAUGGCAACGGCAGCGUUACCGCUCCCAGUUCCCUGCACGGCAACAUCAGUGACUUUGACGAGGAUGAUCCGUCGCUUUAUUAUCCUCCUGCCUAUAGCUUUGUUUAUCGCAGCAACUACUCGAAUCCCGUUCCGCCGGGACCGCUGGUUCCCGGCAUUGUAUUACCACCGCCGCCAGAUCACUUUAGUCGUCUGGACGAGUCAGUCAAGCCGAAGACAAAGACGACAACAACGCGACGGCCCAGCACCACCAGUAGCACCACCACCAGCAGCACCACCUCCAGCACCACAAGCAGCACCACUACCAGCAGCACCACCACGGCUCGACCCUCCUCCCGCCUGUCGCUCAAGUACAAUGCCAUCGGUUACCUACCGCCUUCCCGUCAAGCUCCCAAGUACGUGGAACGUGUCCCGGUUCCCGUCGCUGUUCCCAUUCCCAUUUACCCCAUCAACUAUCAGCCCUCAACGCCACGUCCACCGCCAGCUGCCCAGCUGGUGUUUGUGCCUAGCUCGAGCACCGAGCGCAAUAGUCUCGGUGAGCGCGUUCGGGAGAGGGAGCGGGAGAGGGAGAGGGAUCAGGCGCCGUUGUCCAAGUCGAAUCCCAUUUAUUACGAGUACUUUGAGGCGAAGCGUCAACCGUCAUCGCACAAAUCCAAUGUCAUCGAUGACUUCCUGGCAACGAAGCCGCCCAAGCGUCAACAUUACAAGUCUCCGCCGAGUCCCGUCAACGAUGUUGCCGUGGUGAGCAUUACGCCCAAGCCGCGUGUCCAGCUGCACUCGGAAUACGAUGCGGCAUUGGGGCAACUGAUACGCAGCAAUCUCAUCUCGCCGCCGGGUCGCUUCCAGGCACCCGACUUUGACCGGCAGCCCUUCCUGCCAAUGGUCAACUACAGUGCCGACGAGCAGGAUCAGAAUGCCUUCAAGGCGAUCGUCUAUCAGCCUCAAUCCCAAUCUCAAUCCCAAUCGCAGCCACAAAGACAGCGUCAACUGCGCGUGGGGAAGCAUCAGCAGCUGCAGCUGGAGCCAACUGUGGAGCCAGGACAGGAGCAGGACUCGUAUCUCUCAGAUGCAUUGUUUCUGCAGCGUCAAAGGCAGCUGAGAGUCGGAAAACAGCAACAGCAACAACAACAACAACAACAGCUGCAACUGCAGUCACCCUCCCCCUCCCUAUCGCUAUACGAGACCCCACAGGGAAUCUACAGCACUCCUUUGCCUCCUGCCUACUUGGACAAUCAGCUGCAAGCACGACCGGUGAAGUAUCAGUUGCGUCCUCCCGCUGCGGCGCCAUUGCAGUUCUGGCAACGACCUGCGGCGCCACCGCUACCACCACCACCGCCACAACAGGCACCGCUGGCACCACAGUUUAAGCGGUUGCGCCACAACAGCGCAAAGCAUCCAUAUUCGCCGUACUUUGUGCCCAGCUAUCCGAGUGCGUCCGGAGGAGGAGCGGAGAGUCUGUACCGUCUGCUGCCGGUGUCACAACACAAGCAUUGGCGACAAAGUGGCAGCAACAAGCAACAAGUGGUGCAACAACCACCACCACCGCAACAUCAACUUCAACAUCAACAACAGCAGCAACAACAGCAAUAUUAUCCGGAUCGUGGUGUCAACAUUGGACAUAGCCUCGCCAGCGACAUAUUGGUCAACUACAACACCAACAAUCAGUUUAAUCCUCAGGCGGAGCUGGUGCCUCAGGCUCAGCUCGGACCACCGCCAUUGUCCUAUCAGGCACAAAAUGGCGGACAGGCAUCACUCUGGUCGGACAGACCCGUGAGACAGUCGCGUGCUCAGCUGCAGGAGCAAGCCUAGGCAUCAUUAGACAUUGGAAAUAAAAGGAGUGAGCAAAUGAGCAAAAGAGCAAAAC